AUGUCGUCUACGAGCCCGACGCUCGCCGGCCCUCCCGGAGAAUGCUGCCGCCAGACCGUGCACCACGUCGGCACGCCGCGCGGGACGCUCGAAUCUAUCGCGGACGUGCAGACGUACGUCGCGCGCCCCGCGUCAGAUACGAACAAGAUUAUUCUGUUUUUCUCGGACGUGUUUGGCGCGCUGUACACGAACUCGCAGCUCGUCAUGGACUAUUGGGCGGAUAACGGGUUCCUGGUACUCGGCCUUGAUUACUUCGAGGGAGACUCGAAGGCUCUAUUGGACCUCGAUGACGAGACGUUCGACUACCCGGCCUGGCAGAAGCGUCACCAGGUUCGUGCCGCUGUACUCAUCCCGCCAUGGAUAGAGGCCGUGCGCGAACGGUUCGGGACAUAUAAGAAAUACUGUUGCACCGGCUAUUGCUUCGGAGCACCGUACGUCAUGGACCUGCUGAAGACGGAUUGGAUCAAAGCGGGUGCAUUCGGCCACCCGGCCUUCCUGAACGAGGAUCACUUCCGAGGCAUUAAACAGCCGUUGCUCAUGUCUUGUGCCGAGAUCGACCACACCUUCCAGAUCGAGGCGCGCCGCCGCGCCGAGGACAUGCUCGUCGAGCAAAAGGCAACCUAUACCAUCCAGGUCUUCGGCAGCGUCAAACACGGGUUCGCGCUCCGGGGCGACAUGUCUGUCCCUGCAGAAAAGUGGGCGAAAGAGGAGAGCGCACGGGGCAUCCUGGAUUGGUUCAACCACUUCUGCGCGUAG